AUGUUAGAACCCUCAAAAACAAUCUCUGCCAACUCUCAGGAUACCUGGAGUCACCAAACCAUACAGAAGGAAAAACUUAUGUCCUCCGAGCGGCUACUUAGCAGGUACCUGAGGUUCUCAAACAUCUCUAAAGAAUCUUUGGCAGAGAUACAUCGGAAUGUCAAAAAUGUCAGGGACGAUUUGCGGUACCAUUCCUUCUGGGACGAUACAUGGGGCCGCCGCGUCUUCCGGGGAAAGGUAGCUUCUCUAGAAGAAAUUCAAGGCUUUUUAUAUGCCUCACCUCUUUGGGAUAAAAAAACGGAACGAUGGCGAUAUAUACCCCAUGAGCCGGAUUCUGAGCAAGAUCUUCACAUACCCUUUGUCGAGUUGAUUAGCACGGUUCUAGGCUACUUUGGAGAUUUUGAAAAUAGGUCUGUUCAUCUGACUCACAAGGACAUUGUGUUCGACCCAACUACAAGUGAGGAACAGGAGCUAUUUAAACUUGUGCCCGACAUUACCAUCAUGGGCACAGGAGCGAAUUUCUCCUCAAGUGGGACACCGGGCUCUGGGAUCCUAUCUUCGGCAUAUGUUAAUUGUGUGUCACCGAUAGAGGUCAGCACAUCUCAGCGAACCUCCCAAGACUUCGAACACUAUCUGGUUCAGAUGGGCCAUUAUGCUAGGCAAUGCUUCAUAGAACAGGACAACAGGAAAUUUGUUUACACCCUUCUUCUCAACGAACGCUACGUCCAUAUUUGCACCUUCGAUCGCAGUGGAUCUCAUUCUAGUUCUGCCAUUGAUAUACACCUGAAACCUCGUCUACUGGUUCGCCUAAUCCUAGGUAUAUGUUCUCCGAAUGACUCUGUGGUUGGAUUUGACACCGAUGUGUUCUGGAAUACGGAUAAAACGAGGCGCUUCAUUGCUACGGUUGAUCAAAACGAGGAGCAAGUGUGCUAUGAGCUUGUCGACACUCGCCCGGUCUUUAGCUCUCGUUCUUUGCGUGGUGUUGGAACUCGCUUCUGGUCAGCUAAAGACGCCAAUGGGAAGAAGUUGCUUAUCAAAGAUUCUUGGCACACAAAGGGGAACAUCCCGGAGGAAGGCUUCCUGGAAGCAGCAGAGGAAUUUGUGGCCGUGGGAUCGAUGGUCGCAUCUCAGCAAGGUGACCUUGUAUCGAGCAUACGAGACUUUGCCCGUGAUGCAAUUCCCUCCCAUCCAGAGAAUGUUUUUUGGGAUCGAGUUUUCAGUAGGACAACCUUUGAAGACGGUAGUACACUGCUCUGCAAAAUCUCCACCAGUCGGGAUUUUCUGUUAAAUGUCCGUAACGUUAUUGAAGGUAACCAAAGUUUAUGGGAGGGUGGUCUUCUAUAUCGUCGCGUCAACCUCAACAACUUCAUUGUGGGGGAAAAGGAAAACCCGGCAGGUGAACCAGGGAUGAUCGACAUGAAUUUAUCCUUUUGGUUGAAUCGUUCUACGAGUCUGCUCGGGGUACAAGUCAGAGCCGGGAGUCCUGCAUUUCUUUCGAUCAAUGAACUCAUGAAUGGGGAUCAAGAAAAAGGUUUCAACAAGCAUGACCACAUAGAUGACAUAGAGUCAAUUUUCUAUGCUCUUUGCUGGGUAACUAUCGGUAAUGUCAAUCUACAAGAUGAGGUUUCGCCCUUUCCAAGUUGUCUCAAUGAUUGGGGCGAUUCCGACCUUAAAAUCGCGGCUUACAGCAAACAAGCGGUCUUACUUCUUGAUGAAUUUCUGCCCGCUCGACAGGUGACUUCUUUCUUUGGGCCGGUCUUUCAACAUCUACUGCGUCAAAUUCAUACGUUUCUGAGACCACGAAUUGCUCGCAAGCUGAUUUCUGCGAACUUCGACAUUGUGCAGCCCGUGAUAUCUACUGCUGUUGUUGACUAUGCCACUAUUCUUGGAUUCAUCGACGAGGCUCUGGAGGAACUAUGCAUCUUGGAUGAAAGGCGACCAGAAAUGGUUCAACCACAGGUGGACACUUCUUAUGUAUCCGCCACCGUUGUAUCGACUUCUCGAAAAAGGUCCGCUUUGGAACUGGGUCGAUUUUCCGAGGCCAGAGCCAUUGGAAAGAAAAGGCCUAAGAUAUAUGCGAAUGGUAGCCCAUCUUCUCUCCCUCAGCAACGUCGAUGUUGA